AUGGGGAGAUGGGAACCUAACUCCUGUGAAAAUGUGCAUGCGAACACAGCCUUAGUUGGCUACUGCUACCAAACAGAAAUCAUACAUGAAGGGCACAAAGGGAAUCUUGUUCCUGCCGAACAGACAUUUAGAGCUCUUUGCUUCGAGUAUUUGCAAAAUGGAAGUCUUGAAAAAUAUCUUUGUCAUGAUGAAUGGAGCGGACUUAACUGGCUCACGUGUUACAAAAUCAUUAUGGGGACUUGCCGGGGCUUAAAGUAUCUACAUAACGAAUUGAAAGAACCCAUGUACCAUUUGGACUUGAAACCUGACAACAUAUUGCUAGAUAAGAACAUGGUACCGAAAAUUUCAGAUUUUGGUUUAUCCAAGCUCUUUGGUGAGGAAAAGACACGAAUCACCCAAACUUUCAGAGGAACAUUAGGAUACCUGCCACUAGAAUACCUACGAUCAGGUAUAGUCUCAGACAAAUUGGACAUAUUCAGCCUCGGUGUUGUAAUGUUGAAGAUAAUGGCAGGACCUAGUAACUGGUGCAAACAUGAGGAGAUGCCUCACAACAGAUUUAUUGAUUUAGUACAUGGAAACUGGAGAAGCAGACUGCAGCAGAAAUGGAGUGGUUCCUUGCUAGAAGGGUACUGCCAACAAGUAAAGAAAUGCACCCAGAUAGCAUUGAGCUGCGUGGAAGUUAACAGAAGUAACAGGCCCAAUAUACUGGAUAUCAUCACUAACCUGAUUAGGACAGAAAUUAUGAUCGACAUGAUUUCAAUUGAUCCCCACUUUCCCAGUUACUGAUGGACAAGUUUUUUGCGAGUCCUUUUCAUGCAAUUGGUGCCUUAUAAUCAUAUAGUGAUGUACCAGAGUUUACUGAAAACUGAAGCUUACUAAGUUUGUUUCCCAAGAGCUCAAGAUGUUGUGUUUCUAACUGUCAGGUAUCAGUGGAGGUCCUCUAAAAAAAUCUCAGUGGAAGAGAUCCGGUUGUGGAAAUUUAUAUCUCAUGGCACUAAUGGCACUACAGCAUGGCACAAAUUAAUAUCUAUGAAAUGUCCCGUUAGACCUGAAGUUUUGUGGCAAUACAUGGAGGGUGUUAUCUUGCUGAUGUGUAUUUUACAUGUCAUUUAGCCGAUGAAAUUUGUUCAGAAAUCAGGAAUUUAUUUCUGACACGAGCAGGCAAAAUAUGGAUGAGGGCUGGAAUCAGUAUGUAUUUUGUAGACAUAUAUAAUGGAGUAUUUCGUUGUAGCUGAAAUAUGUAAAUUUGAUGGAAUCAUUAUGUAACAUGUCAAAAUUUUCCACACUAUCAUUAAUACUUGGGAAGUUUCCAUGAUUUUC